AGGUCCACACCGCUUUUCAACGCACUCCAGUGAUGGCACCGAUGAUGGCAGAUGGAUUUGCGUUUCGUGUUUAAGUAUGACAUCUCCGCUUUAAAGGUAUGACGGAUAAACACCACCGUGGCUAUUUUCUUGCACUAAAAAGGGAGUACAGUAAAUGAAGAACGGCAUGUUAUCAGGUGUCAUACAUAUUGUGAACCCUAGUCGAUGGAUUUAUUACCUUUUAAUACAAGAAUAUUUUACCUGUACUUUCUCCAUAGGCUAAUUCUUGAAGCAUGGGCGACUGGAGCUUUCUGGGGCGGCUGUUGGAGAAUGCUCAGGAGCACUCAACGGUCAUCGGCAAAGUCUGGCUGACUGUCCUCUUCAUCUUCAGGAUCCUGGUGCUGGGGGCUGCGGCCGAAGAGGUCUGGGGUGACGAGCAGUCCGACUUCACGUGUAACACCCAGCAGCCCGGAUGUGAGAACGUCUGCUAUGACGAGGCCUUCCCCAUCUCGCACAUCCGCUUCUGGGUGCUGCAGAUCAUCUUCGUGUCCACGCCAACCCUCAUAUACCUGGGCCACGUGCUGCACAUCGUCCGCAUGGAGGAAAAGCGGAAAGAAAAGGAGGAGGAGAUGCGCAAGGCAAACAGGCUCCAAGAGGAGAAAGAACUCCUGUAUAGAAAUGGUGGCGAUGUUGGAGGAGGAGGAGGAGGAGGAGGCGGCAAAAAGGAGAAGCCGCCAAUCAGGGACGAACAUGGCAAAAUCCGUAUCAGAGGCGCGUUGCUGCGUACCUAUGUGUUCAACAUUAUUUUCAAGACCCUGUUUGAAGUGGGAUUCAUUUUGGGCCAGUAUUUUCUCUAUGGCUUCCAGCUGAGGCCCCUGUACAAGUGUGCACGUUGGCCCUGCCCCAACACCGUUGACUGCUUCAUAUCGAGGCCCACUGAAAAGACUAUUUUUAUUAUAUUUAUGCUUGUGGUGGCUUGCGUGUCUCUUUUGCUGAAUUUGUUAGAGAUCUAUCACCUUGGAUGGAAGAAAGUUAAACAGGGCAUGACCAAUGAGUAUGCCCCUGAACGUGAGUCGCUGCGCCGCGUCGACAUUGCAGAGCCUGAGUGUUUGGCCUCGGCCUCCAGAACUGCCCCAUCCAGCCCCAGCUACCCUCCCAACUACACAGAUGUGACGGCGGGCAGCGGGGCGUUCCUGCCGCCCAUGGGUCCAGCCGCCGUGCCCUCGGCCGCAGAGUUCAAGAUGGACGACCUUCAGCAGGAGGAGUCCCUCCAAUCCUCCCCCUCUUCCCACUACUAUAUCAGCAACAACAACAACCACAGGCUGGCCACACAGCAGAACUGGGCCAACCUGGCAACCGAGCAGCAGACUCGGGAGAUGAAGGCCACCUCCCCUCCACCUUCCUCUUCUUGUUCUGCCACCAGCAGCGACAAUGAGCAGCACCAAAGCGUCAAUGGUGCUCUGCUCCUACCCACCAGCAACACCACCAGUAACACCAACAUCACCAACGCGACUGCCAACGCUGCCUCCAGCGGCAGCAGCCCUGGCGACGCCUCCAACGCAGGCAGCUGGGAUGGAGGAAAGAGCGAGCACGACGAAGGCCACGUCACCACCACAGUGGAGAUGCACGAGCCUCCGGUAAUGGUCAGCACAGACCCUCGGCGGCUCAGUCGGGCCAGCAAGAGCAGCAGCAUCAGGGCCAGGCCGAGUGAUCUGGCUGUCUAAAUGCAUUCAGCCCUUUCAUGUCCCUUAAAGCCCUCUUGAAUAACAUGCCACUAUCCUCACCCCAAACCCAGACACAAUCAUGAACAUGUAAUAAGCAACAAAACAAACAAACAAACAAAACAAACCAUGAGACAGGAAAGCAAGAAAGUCAAGAGAAUGUUUAGGGCAAAUGUGAAAUGACUGAACCACUAGCUGUCGUUGAUUUAGUGCAAUCGGUGAGUUGCAGAGUAGUUGAGGCAAGGUUUGGUUUUUCUUGAUUAAUAGUCUAUAUUUAUGCACACAAUAUGUGACCAUGCACUUCUACAAAGUCAGGAGCCUCCAGUAACAGCAAUGGAUGGAGUGAAAGACAUUGUGAUCUAUUAAUUUUACAUGAAAAUGGACACAUCUCACCAACAUUUUUGAUUUGGGGAAAGGGGAUCUUCUGGUGUUUCUCUAUUUUUUUCCUUUUUGUUGAGCCGCGGGGACUAAUUAUUCCAAAUGGAAAUGGUCAUUGAAGACUGGUGACUGGAAAUUUUGAAUAUUUUUAUUUGGAGGAAACAGAGAUAGCUGAUGUUAAUGCACAGGGCACCGAAUGUGGGCAACUUGAUCAUAAAUCUCAGUCCACAUGUUUAUCUGUUUUCAUUGUCAAACUUGCAGCACAAACGUGCACGGUGUGCUGCACGGCAUGUCGGGAGACCCGGAAGCCAUUCUGCGCUUCCUGAAUUUUACUGACUUCACUUAUUUGUCGUGUUGAGAGUAAUUCAUCCUCAAUGCAUUUGUACAUGACGUUACAUGUAUUGUGUUCUGUGUAGUUGUGCAUGCCAGCAUGUGUACUACAACUACAACUCACCGAUUCACUGACAUAUUUGCGUGGCAAAGUAGGCUAGCUAGGUUCUACCCAUGAUCCUUUUAAAAAAGAAAAACAAAAGUUAUAAUGACAUGGAACAGAUAGGACGUUACUUUGGAAACUUUCAAAGGGUCCUGGGAUUAAAGAAAAAUAAGUGAAGCGUGGACAGGAUAUGGGUUAAAAAUGCUGGUAAGUCUUUCUUGCUAUGUCCAGAGUACAUCUGGGUCUCUCUGAACACCGCAUUGCCAGUAAACCGGGCACAAAAACAAGGAAAGUAGGAGUCCCUUACGCCUCCCUCUGUCAGUGUUACCUUUAGUCAACAUAUCUGAAAAGAAAAAUGCUCUCAGCGAACUGCACAAAUAUAAGAUAAUGCCUUCAAAGUCUAUAAAAAAUGCAUGCAUGCCACUAAGUGGUACAAAAAAAACUUUAUUAAGAUUUACCUUGUAAAUUCAAAUGCUCAGCCUCCCAGAGCUCCAGAGUUACGUUUGUAACCAUUUUUGUAAGAUUGUCGGCAAACAUUUCGGCCCUCAAACCCACUCCCACCUUUUUAAAAAACAGAAAUCCCCCACACCUAAAGAUUGAGAGCAACUUUGGUCAUUUUCUUUUACACUGAAUUGAAUUUUACUCAUAAAUUGCAUACUUGUAGUAGUCAGUUUGUGAUUGCAAAACAGCUAUGACUUUAAAAAAAAAGAAAAAAGAAAAAAAGACAAGGUGACUGGCGUUGGGCGUCUCAGAACGCCGCAGGGUGCAGUCAGCCUCGACUGCUUCUAUUUUGUUGUGUUCAUCUUGAUUCUUAGAGACCUUUAGAAACCCAAACUUUUAAACUGAACUCAUCAUUAGCCGCAGUCCUCUGUUCCUGUUAUGUCUUUGUGCUGUUUGGUUUUGUCCACAACCCAGGCACUCACUUUCAAAAAGCUUUUUUAACUUUACAUCAACAAUAAUCUGCUGUAUUUCCUGUGAGUCCAACACCGGGGCAGAGUUCACACAGCAGCACUGUGUGAAAAGUUAACCAUCUGCAUUGGAGAUAUUGCACUGGUAGAGCAUAACAUCAUAGCUGAUUACUAAUAUGUCUGUAGGAACAGUACUUUUCAAUGAGUUAUUGUGUAUUGGUUAAUACACUGGAGUAGGAGCAGUGCAAAAAAUGUUGUCUUUCCAUUUGUCAGGGUGGUGGUGGUGGUGGGGUUACAGAAUGAUGGCACAGUAUGGUUUGAGAUUCUCAGCGCCCACAGGAGUAUCAUGUGUGAUACUGUAUCUUACUUAUUUAGCUUCUUUCAGCGCAAAUAGAGACUCGAAGAAGAGAAUAUAUAAAAUGCGUAGAUUAAAGCUGCCCUUCCAAAUCCAUGGUUCCCAUUCAAAUGACAAAGACUUCUUUGAUAUCUGCAUUUACAACUUGGUAGUUGGUAAAGAUUUGCACAUUUAGAAAACAAAACUACUUUUCUGCAGGGCUCAUGUUGGUAGCAGUCGAGUGACAGGGAGAGAGCAAGACGCCAAUCUUUAUGAUCCUCAAAGGGAAAAACAUGUCUUAAACCAAAGCGCAGUCACUCUUCACAGAAAAUGUAUUAUUAAAGAUUUUAUCUCAAGCUCAGAUGAUGAUGAGAAAAAACAAUACAGUGGCGGGAGAGAGAAUAACAGCUGGGGUAAUUUUCUGUUUGUUUACUCAGUAUGUUCUCACAGAACUGUCGGGACUCUGGUUAGACGUCACAUCAGAUGGCUCCAAUGUUGAGAGAAUGUUAGCUGGGUAGCUGGCCCUUCCCUAACCCUGCAUACAAAGCCCUGACAGGAUGUUUUGUUCAAAGCCUGUGAUCCCUGUGACUCCUCCAAACUCUCUCCUCUUAUGUUUCAUGCAGAGCAUGAUUUCUCUGGCUCGUCAGGGAGUCGGAACCAUCUCACAAUGCUCACAACAGCAACCUGUUUUCAGUGCUGUCUUAAAUAAGAGAAGUGCCUUGUGUAUGAAUUAUUUGUUUGUAAGAACAAGAUGAUGUAAAUGUUCAUUUACCUCAAAUGUUUACAAAACUGUUACUAAAUAAAUUUUUUGUACCAUAUUUAUUGCUCUUGUUUGCUUUACAUGAUGAAUGAAAUCAGAGCUGCAGGCUUCAGUCUUGGACUGGGGUCAUGGAGUGACAGAGGCCGUGAUUUGUCCUAUUUUUAAGAUGAUAAAAUACAAAUAAUUAAUAAAAUACUUCAUAGAGUCGCUUUGUGCUUUUUAGGUUUCAAUUUAAACACAUUUAUUCCAGUCUGUCAGAACAAAUGAAUCUGAAGAUCACAAUCAGAGAGCUAAUUAUUAACUUUUUGUCCAAAUGUAAAAUCACUUCCAGAGGCCCAUUUCCAAAUUACCUUAUGUAACAUGAGGUUUUGAUAAUUCUUGGUUAACUUAGAGAAACUUGGAGAAACACUUUUUUCCAAACUUGGACAGAAAUGUCUUGUCAUAAUGGGACAGACAGCAAAACUGGAACCCAAUGUUAGACUUCGAGGUUUGAAUUUUGGGGGAAAGAUUUCACGAGAUGUUUACUUGCUAGGUAAACUUCCAGGAUUUUUGCCCUUCCAUCCACCCC